CUGUCGGACAGAAAAUCAGACUAAAUGCUCACACUGGCGGGAAACCUAAGGGAUUACCAAGAGAUAACCUGAGUCUUUCUUUAUCGCAUUAUAUAACAUUAGGACUGAACUACAACCCUGUUUGGUUCUUGUCAUGUUUUCAUAAACCACUUCUAACAUGGUUCAAAUAGUCAUCUCAAGUAAAAGUGGUGAGUCUCCUGGUGAGUGGCUGCUUCUGGAGUUACAGGGUGAAAUGGUGUCACGACAUGACACUGGACUGGCUGGAAAUCUUAUGGGGGACCUGCACUACACCAAAGAGGGUGUACCAGUACUGAUUGUGGGACAUCACAUCCUGUAUGGCAAACAGGUCAAACUGGAGAAACCUUUUGCUGUCCUGUUGAAGCACUCCGGCAUCCCACAGGAGGAUGAUGUAGCCAUGGAAACUGGCCAGGAGAAGCCUACCUCCUAUACUGUCUCUGCUAUAAUCAAAAAGAAGCUGAUCUUUAAAACACGCCCUAAACCUAUCAUUACUAAUGUGCCCAAGAAAGUUUAAUGAACAAAAAUAUACAGAGGGGCAUUCAUGGUGUCUGCUAUUCAAUCCUUUGUGAAAUACACUGGUCCCAGAAA